AUGCCCGCUCGACCAGUUACAGGUCGUCAUACGACUUCCCGGCCAGGAGCUAUCGGCUGUAAAACUGCGGGGAGAAGAUCCACUCGCGGUGCUGCUGCUGACGAAGAGCCAUCCACCAAUGUCGAAGAGCCAACAACUGAAGAGCCUGUGACCGCUGCCGCCAUCGUUGAGGAUACCCCCCCGGAACCCGAAGAUCCAAAGCCUGUUCCCCAAAUCAGUAGAAAGGUCCCCGCUGGUUCCGCUCAGAAGCAGUUGAAUAAAUUUUGGAAAAAAUUCCGCUCUAACCGAGCCGGCCGGCCAACUAUCGUUCUGCCAUUCAACCCUUUUGCCGCAGCUGCGAAGCCCACCGGCGCCACCUACGGACCAACUAUUCCAAAUGUUGCCACCGCUCAAUUUGACGAAGCUGCAGCAAGUUGCAAGGCUAAGGUGGAGAAGAUUGCACGAGAAUGCCGCAAAUUGAAUCAGAAAUAUAGCGAAGACCCCCGCCUUGAAUUUGCAAGAUACUGUAUUGAUGGAUUUGAAUACAACGAGGAUGCAACACCAAAAGGCGUGAAGAGGGUUGAGGAUAUCUUCGAUGAACCAUCUUUCUUCAAGGAUGGCGUAGCUCCAGGUGACAUCAGACAGGGCUCAACCGGCGAUUGUUGGUUUUUGGCGGCCGUCGCGACUAUCACCAACAUUCCAGGUCUUCUGGAGAAAGUUUGCGUUGCGAGAGAUGAAGAAGUGGGCGUCUACGGUUUUGUGUUCUUCAGAGACGGCGAAUGGAUAUCCAGCAUUGUCGAUGAUCAACUAUACCUAUCCCAGGAAGAUUACCACGAGGCGAGCUCCGAACUCAAAUAUGCCUUGUGGAGCAAAACCGCAAAGGAGUCUGUGUACACAGAAACUUAUCUCAAGGGCUCUGACGCACUUUACUUCGCAAGCUGUGAAGACAAAAACGAAACUUGGCUACCCCUCCUUGAGAAAGCUUACGCGAAGGCUCAUGGAGACUAUAGCUCUAUUGAAGGUGGAUUUACAGGCGAGGCCGUUGAGGACCUCACUGGAGGUGUCACUUCGGAAGUCUUUUCUCAGGAUAUCUUAAGCAAAGAUAAAUUCUGGAAGGAAGAGCUGAUGAAAGUUAAUGAAGAAUUUCUAUUCGCCGGGGCUAUCGACUCAAUUACUGGGUCUGAACGCGAUGGCGUGUAUGCCGGACACGCAUACUCCGUCCUUAAAGCCCGCGAAGUGGAUGGUCACCGUUUCGUGUUAGUUAGGAACCCGUGGGGCAAAUCGGAGUGGAAGGGCGCUUGGAGCGACGGAAGCAAAGAAUGGACACCUUAUUGGAUUCAGCAGCUCGACCAUAAGUUUGGGGAUGACGGCAGCUUUUGGAUGUCUUAUAGGGACUUCCUCAGAACAUUCUCGGUGCUGGAACGCACCAGGCUUUUCGACUCUAGCUGGUCUGUCGCAUCGGCCUGGGUAUCGGAACACGUAGAAUGGGAAAAUGCCUAUUCCAAAAAUUGUUUCCAAAUUAACCUCCCCGAAGCAUCAAAGGUUGUUAUUGUUCUGCAACAGCUAGACACUAGAUACUUUAAAGGCCUAGAGGGUGAAUACGAUUUCCGCCUUCACUUUCGCAUCCAUCGCCCAGAGAAUCCCGAAUACCUCGUUCGCAGUCGCGCAAAUUGCGAUAUGUGGCGUAGCGUUAGCUGCGAGGUUGAACUAGAGGCCGGGGCUUGGGAUAUUGCCUAUAAAAUUACCGCUACGAAAGUUGACGGUAGGAAGGGUGUUGAAGAGGCCGUCCCUGAACUGAGUGUCAAUAACCGAAAGAAGUUUUUGCAAGUUGGCAUGUCGUAUGAUCUGGCCUUUGCAAAAGGCAGAACUAUUGUCGUUGACCCAGAGGAAGACGCCGAAGAAUCCGAAAAGGAGUCUGAAAAUGGCGACGAAGCCACUAAAAAGAAGGAGGGGAAAGAGUCUAAAGAGCCAAAGCCGGCUAAAGUUUUGGCGGAUAUAUUACCAAAAGCCGAAAGCACGCCCGAAACAUUGCCUACCGCCCCUGAGCCACCGGCUUCGGAUGUCACGGAGCCUCCCGUUUCUAAAAAGGAUGCUACUAGCUCUGCCCAAGUGGACAAAACAGACAAAAAGAGUUCAGCCGAACCAGCUAAGGAGACGGAAGAGAAGAGCAAAGAGACGUCAGAAGCUAAAGAGGCAAAAGGUACCACUGGACCUAUCGCUUACAUGCUCGUGCCUAUCACUGGCGAGGAGGAUAGUGAUACUGAGGGCGAAGAGAAUCUCUGGAAUGCAGUUGCAGUUGUCGGAUUGCGAGUAUACAGUCAACAGAAAGAUAUCACUGUUCAAGUCAUUCGGCCAAAAGGAGCUACAAAGCUCCUACUCGACCCUGAUGAUAAAAACCAAGCUGCUUCGAAAGACGAGAAGGAUAUACUAGAAAAGGACGAAAAUACAGAGCCGAAAGAUAAACCAGCCUCAGCUAGCAAAGAAGACGACGAGUGGGAGGAUGUUAAAGAUGCUGUGAAGGGAGCUGAGAGAGCCAAAGAAUGUAAGACAGAGGGGACAGAAAUUAAGGAAGAGGACCCCAAGCCCGAGGCUGAAGGCAAGAGGGAAGAAGCUGUUGUUCAGGAUAAGACGGAAGAAGCAUCUGAUACGGCGAAGAGCGAAGGCAGUGGAACUCUUGUGGAAGCUCCAGCCGUUGAGGAGGCAUCGUCAAAGGCAGGUGACCCUGCUGAUGAGACACCUAUCUUGUCUUCAGGUGUCGAAAAUGCUUCUCCUAUAGAAAUUUCGAAGGAGAAGGAACCUGAAAAGGCUACGGCUUCAUCAUCAACGAGUUAG